AUGGCCACAGCCGCGGACGUAGCUCCCGGACAGGUCAAACAAGUUCUAUUCAUCGACUUAUUAUUGUUUCAGGCGGAUGUAGAAAUCUCCUUCUCAAUCCCAAUCGCAACGCUUGAGCAAGCAGAGGUGCUGGACUCAAGUUGGAGUAAUUCACAAGAGCUAUGCCGCCAAAAAGCUUCAUCAGCAAACAGUACUGGUGUAGGACCUUUUGGAUUGCUAGUAUUGGCCUCAAAUAACAUUGAAGAAUAUACUGCAGUGUUCUUUAGAAUUUUCAAAAAGAAUGACAAGUUUGUUGUGCUAAUGGGCUGUGAUCAGAGAAGGUCGGCUGAGGGUCUUGAGUACGACACAAGCAAAUAUGGAGCCUUUUUGGAUGUUGAUCCUGUUACGGAAAACUUGUCAUUGAGGACUUUGAUUGAUCAUUCCAUAGUAGAAAGCUUUGGUGGAGGGGGAAAAGCUUGCAUUACAACCAGAGCUUAUCCUACUUUGGCCAUCAACGAUAAUGCCCAUAUAUUUGUUUUCAACAAUGGAUCCAAAGAUGUUGAAAUCUCCAGUUUGAGUGCUUGGAGUCUAAACCAAGCUCAGAUCAACGAAAUCGCCAUUUUAUUUUAAGAUUAAGUCAGCUUUUGAGAAUAGGUAUAUAUAAAUUUUGCAUGAGUUUUCUUAUAUCUCAUGAACCUGGUCGCUGAACAGAUGCGUUGUACGUGUUAAUUUGUGUCAAUUAUAAUAAAAUUUGUAUCUCAUAAAUAAUAAACUUUUAUCUGCAUAUAUAAUA